UUCGGGUCGUCGUCUCGGUCCGCGGCCUGGCUGUAGCCGCGCCGCCGCGGCAGGGAGGCGGACGCGGGGGGAGCCGAGUCCGCGGCGGAGGCACCCGGGGCCGGGACGCCGCCCGCUGCCCGGCAGAGCCGCCGGCCGAGCAUGUGCGAGCGGCGGACGGUUCACGUCUUCCUGGGGGCUCCGCCUCCCUCCUCGGCGUCGGCAGGUGGGGGGCAGGGGGAGGAGCGUCGCCCUGACGAGUGGAGACACCUGGAGCUCACCUGGCGGGAUGGGCGCCUGAGUCCAGCGGCAGGGGAAGCUGGAGAUGGUCGUCUGGAGGAACCAGGAUACAGAGAGGACAAAGGCGCCAAGCGCUGCACGUCGAGUGGUCUAAUCCCGGCCGCCGAUCUCAGACCUGCAGACGGAUUCCUGAGGAGAGAAGACGAGCCGGACGCCGGACAGGACGACCAGUGUUCGGCUUCGGUUCUUGAGUAUCUUGACAGCUGUUUCCCCGCAGCUCAACCAGAACCAGUGAACCCAGAACCUCCACGCGGCUCUGAGCAGCGGCCGUUGCCUGACGCUGCUCCCCUGUCAGCCCGCACUCAGUACCUCACCACCUGGACCCUGAGUCAGGCGCUCAUGCUGAGAGGAAGCGGGGGAGUCCAAUCAUCCCUACCUCCUCAGACCCCCCCCAAGGACGGCCAAACACCUCCCUCCGUCUCCUCCGGCACCCCGGAGCUCUUCGGCCCCGCAACGCCGUCACCCGAGGCCACCGGCGAGCUCCUCAGCCAACCCCGUCCCGUGCUCCCGAGGGUGGAGGAAGGGGGCGUGGUGGUCGAGGCCACCACGGACGGUGUGCUCUGCUCCCAGGAGGCCGAGCCGCAGGAGUCUAGGACCCCUCGAGGCUCUCCUCCCAAACCUGGUCUCAAGAGGGCUAGACUCUUAUUAAACGCCAGGACCAAAGAGCCCGACAACCCCCCCGCGGGGCUCCAAGGUCCCACCACACUUCUGGUCCGAUGUGACAAACGGGGGUUUCGGCUCUCCGUUCUGGUGGCGGUGGUUCACCCCUGUCACCUGAAGGAGGUGAAGGUGAAGUCCGGGGCGGCUAGGGGAACCUGCGUCCCUCUGGCGUCCAUCGUGGUGACGGACCAAUCGGGCGUGGAGAUGAAGGUGGUGCUGUGGCGCCGGGCGGCGUUCUGGGCGUUGACUGUCAGUCCUGGAGACCUUCUGCUCAUCACAGGUCUACAGGUGAAUGAAGACAGGUGGAGGGGAGAGACGGUGCUGCAGUCCACCUUCACCAGCAAACUGCUCAACCUGGGACAGAUCACCGCCUCCGCCUCGCCGCCAGCUCCUCGGCAUGUCGACGCUCACUCUCUGAGGUCUCUGUGUGUUUUUCUUCGGGAGCGGCGCCCCCUGCUGCUGUCUCUGAACCUCUGCCCACCUCAGGACCUGAGCCGCCUCCCCUACGCCUGCCUGAGGUCACUACGGGUCAACACGCUGGUCCACGCUCUGCUGCGAGUCACGCACACGGACAUCGGCACAGCUUGGAGAAGUGAGGCGGAUUCUCGCUUCAGGUCAGCGGUUCAGCUGCAGGCCGUUCUGACCGUGGAGCAGCCGCUUGGCCAGCAGGGGGCGCUCCUGCUGUGGGGAGCAGCUGUGGACUGGCUCCCCCGCUUCAACAGAGACCGAGCGGCUGUCUGGGAGUUUCGGUUCCUUUUAGUCAGGGACGGCUUGACCUCUGACCUGGCCGAGCUGCAUUCCACCUCCUGGAGCUCGGCCCAGCCUCUGGAUACCGCCGACCGCCGGGCGCAGGACUUCUUCAGGCCGCCACACUUCCCAACGGGAAACGGUGGCAGCCUGGAACUGGACCUUGACACGCUGCUGUCUCAGAAGUACAGCGGUGACGCGGAGCUCAGAGUCCAGGUCACUGCUUUCCACUUCCAGGACUCUCCGCCUUCCCCAAAUGCACCUCAGCCGAUCCUGGACAGCUCCACGCCGCUCGAUGGUAUCCUUGCGGCGCUGAGCGGUGACAUCACCUACACCGGCUGCGGUCGCUGCUCCACAGAACUCGAUACCGACGCAAACGGCAUCUACGGGCCAUGUUACCGCUGCCUGCCCAACACCACUGUACGGCGCUACUACAGGCCGGGUGUGUUGACUGUGAGUGGCCGGGGCAGCCGUCAGGUGUGCGUUCAGGUUCCUCCGGUUCCUCUUCAGGAGAUCCUGGAGGCUCCGCCCGAUAAACUCAGCAGGAGCUCAGCUCCGGGCUCCGAGGUGAAGUAUGUCCAGGUGGCGGCGGAGAGAAUCCGGUUCUUCCUUUCUCUCCCAAGGAAAACCUUCAUCCUCACUGUCCGGAGCGAUUGCACGUGCGACGAAAACAGCGUCCCCCUUAGUCGGGACUUCACGCUGCUGGACCUUCGGCUGAGUGACGAAGGGUGAAGAUCAGCGGGAUCUCCUCAGUUUGUCCCAAAACACAAGCAAAACGUGCGAGGAACAGAUUAAACCCUCUAAGUUGACUGUCCGUAAUAAAAGAUUCAUAAACCACAA